AUGAGGCUCGACACUCUGUAUCUCUCCGUGCUUGGCUUGGCCACCGUCACCCUCGCCAGGAACAUCCCUAGGGACGUGCUCGUGAGGCAAGCCAGCGGCUGCAGCAUCUCAAACCAGCUUCCAUCCGAAUUCGCCAUUCGCAGCUUUGCCGGCCAAUCCACAAAUGGCGGCGAAACUCUCUCGUCCUUCGACUUUGGCUAUCUGGAAACGAAAAACAACAUCACCACCCACUGCUAUUUCAACUCAACCUCCCCCAAUGCAGGCCCCACCGAUCGCACGCCUCGUUUUGCGUGCGAGAAUGCGAUUACCCAGUUCAUCUACCAAGAUCAGAGACUUACCUUGAUCCAGGCCAUCUGCCCUGAUACAAAUGGUGUUGCUUCCGUUGAAGCCGCCGGCGCCGCUGAUGUCGAGCUCGAGUGUGGCAGCUCCAAUACCACCGCCAACGCAGCAGAGAGCUGCAAAUCCAAGGAUGAAGAGUUUUCUGGAAAGUUCUCCAGCUUAAAUCCUACACCGGCCAAUGUCGGUGGGACCGGGGGCGGCGAAGCAAUUCCGAUCGAGCUUUUCGCCUCUCUCGAGCGCAUGUCCCGCCUCGUUGACAUUGCCUACUGCGUGGGAACAUCGGGCGUAUCGAAGCCCUUUUCAUGCGUUUCCCGCUGCAAGGAUUUCCCCUCCCUCACCCUCGUCAAUACUUUCAGCACGGGCAUUCUUUUGGGCGAUAGUUGUGGCUACAUUGCAGUAGAUCAUGGCUUCCCACGUCCAGAUUCCAGGAACGGGGGCGACCGUGGAGAAAAGGCCAUCAUCUUAGCCUUCCGGGGCACGUAUAGCAUCUCGAACACCGUGAUUGACCUCAGCACGGUCCCGCAGGAAUACGUUCCCUACCCUCGCCAGACGAGCCCAAGCAUAGUCAUGCAGCUGCUGCGAGAGAAGCACCCAGAUUACCCUGUUUACAUCCUGGGGCAUAGCCUAGGAGGCGCCGUGGCUGCCUUGGCGGCUUUGGAGUUCAAGGCAUCGCUUCAGUGGGACGAUGUCGUUGUCACGACCUUUGGCGAGCCACGGGUUGGCAACAAGGGCCUCGCCCAAUUCAUCAACGACGUCUUCGACCUCGAGUCUGACGUCGAGCCUCAGCUUCGGACCUACCGGCGUGUCACCCAUGCGGACGAUCCUGUGCCGCUCUUACCGCUAUCAGAAUGGGGAUACCGCCCCCACUCUGGCGAAAUAUUCAUCAAGAAGCCAAGCCUUCCGCCGGCACCGGAGGACCUGGUUCUCUGCGUUGGAGACGACGAUGUUCGAUGCAUCGACGAUUCCGGCGACCCCGACGAAGAGAGCGGCAGUGUCUGGUGGAGCAGAAUUCGCUUCCCGGCGCGGCUCAAGGUUUGGGAGCUACUUUUGGCCACCGCGAUUACUUUUGGAGAUUGGGCCUGUGUGUUCCUGGCGUGGUGCGGUCUCCACCUCGGCUUUGCCUACAUCAUGUAG